UUGUCCGUCGGCCGGUGCGCGCUUGGAAGUGGACUGUCUGCGUCUCGCCUUUGCUCGGGGGGACGCUCCGGCCAAGAGGAGGGAACAGCGGGCAGGAGGAGGAGUGCGCGGCUGUGGCUCCGGCUUCCUUCCUGCCCUCCCUUUCUCCUCCCCUCGGCCGGGCCAGCCUCGCCUCCCUCCCUCUCUCCCUAUCUUCCCGCACACGCUCCCGACCGGCAGCUCCGCGCUCUCCGCGCCGGCUCCUCCUCCUCCUCUCCGCGCUUCCAGCAAGAUGACAGCCGGGCGGCAGCAGCGGCGGUGGCGCGGAGAUUCCUCGCACCGGCUGGUGGCUAACCUGCCUCCUUCGUUUUUAGUGCUGAAGCCAGAUUGUUUUAACUAAAGAUGGAAACACUGGAGUCGGAACUGACUUGCCCAAUUUGUUUGGAAUUGUUUGAAGACCCCCUCCUUCUGCCGUGCGCUCAUAGCCUCUGUUCCAGCUGUGCCCACCGCAUCCUGGUCUCCAGCUGCUCCGCGGGAGAGCCUCUUGAGCCCAUCACUGCCUUCCAGUGCCCCACCUGCCGCUAUGUCAUCUCCCUCAACCAUCGGGGCCUGGAGGGCCUCAAGCGCAAUGUGACCUUGCAGAACAUCAUUGACCGCUUCCAGAAGGCCUCCCUGAGCGGGCCGAAUUCCCCCAGCGAGAACUGUCGUGAGCGGCCAUACCGCCACAGCCCAACCAUGUCGGCGGGUGACAGGAUAGCCUGCCAGUUCUGUGAGCAGGACCCUCCGCGUGACGCUGUCAAGACCUGCAUCACCUGCGAGGUGUCCUACUGUGACCGCUGCCUGCGGGCCACACACCCAAACAAGAAGCCGUUCACCAGCCACCGUUUGGUGGAGCCUGUGCCGGACGCCCACUUCCGUGGGCUGACUUGCCUUGAGCAUGAGAACGAGAAGGUGAACAUGUACUGUGUGGCUGAUGACCAGCUCAUCUGUGCCUUAUGCAAACUGGUGGGGCGGCACCGGGAUCACCAGGUGGCAUCCCUGAGUGACCGGUUUGAGAAGCUCAAGCAAACACUGGAGAUGAACCUCACCAACCUCGUUAAACGCAAUAGCGAACUAGAAAAUCAGAUGGCCAAACUGAUACAGAUCUGCCAGCAGGUGGAGGUGAACACAGCCAUGCAUGAGGCCAAACUGAUGGAGGAGUGCGACGAGCUAAUGGAGAUAAUCCGUCAGCGCAAGCAAGUGAUUGCUGUCAAGAUCAAAGAGACAAAGGUGAUGAAGCUGAGGAAGCUGGCCCAGCAGGUAGCCAAUUGCCGGCAGUGCCUGGAGCGGUCAACUGUCCUCAUCAACCAGGCUGACCACAUCCUGAAGGAGAAUGACCACGCACGGUUCCUGCAGACAGCAAAGAACGUGGCAGAGAGGGUCGCCAUGGCAACAGCAUCCUCUCAAGUUUUGAUACCCGAUAUCAAUUUAAAUGAUGCCUUUGAAAACUUUGCUUUAGAUUUUUCCAGAGAGAAGAAACUACUGGAGGGGCUGGAUUAUCUAACAGCACCCAACCCACCAUCGGUUCGUGAAGAGCUUUGCACUGCCUCUCAUGAUACCAUCACUGUCCACUGGAUCUCAGAUGAUGAGUUCAGCGUCAGCUCGUAUGAGCUCCAGUACACCAUCUUCACUGGCCAGGCAAACUUCAUCAGCCUCUACAAUUCUAUGGACAGCUGGAUGAUCGUCCCCAACAUCAAGCAGAAUCACUACACAGUGCACGGGCUACAGAGUGGCACGCGAUAUAUCUUCCUCGUCAAGGCAAUAAACCAGGCUGGCAGCCGGAACAGCGAACCCGCCAGGCUCAAGACAAACAGCCAGCCCUUCAAACUGGACCCCAAAAUGGCACACAAGAAGCUGAAGAUCUCCAACGAUGGGCUCCAAAUGGAGAAGGACGAGAGCUCCCUGAAAAAAAGCCACACUCCCGAGAGGUUCAGCGGGACAGGAUGCUAUGGUGCCGCAGGCAACAUUUUCAUUGACAGUGGCUGCCAUUACUGGGAGGUGACUGUCGGCUCCUCCACCUGGUAUGCAAUUGGCAUCGCCUAUAAAUCGGCCCCCAAGAAUGAGUGGAUUGGCAAGAACUCCUCCUCCUGGGUCUUCUCCCGCUGCAACAACAACUUUGUGGUGCGGCACAACAACAAGGAGAUGCUGGUGGACGUUCACCCGCAAAUGAAGCGCCUGGGCAUCCUCCUGGACUAUGACAACAAUGUGCUGUCCUUCUACGACCCAGCCAACUCUCUCCACCUGCACACCUUCGAGAUAUCUUUCAUCCUGCCGGUCUGCCCCACCUUCACGAUUUGGAACAAAUCUUUAAUGGUCAUAUCGGGUCUGCCCGCCCCAGACUUCAUAGACUACCCUGGGCAGCAAGAAUGCAACUGCCGACCCCAAGAGUCCCCAUAUGUAUCAGGGAUGAAAACCUGCCAUUGAGGAGUCAGAAAGGCCCUUCCCUUCCAGCCCAAGCUUCAGGAACUUCUGUGCAACUAGGCUGGAAGGUGGGCUUCUGCUUCCUGUUGUUGUGAGCAGCACCUUGCCACACUGGGCUAGCUUAUACCCUAAGGAAAACCCACCUCUGUGGCACACCCUCUUGGAGGAGUGUGGGUGGUGUUUUGUGGACUGGAUUUUGUUUUUGUUUUUAUUUGGUAGCACUACUGAAUUUUCUCCGAUGGGAGUUGGCAUGCCUUGUUCAUUUCUGGUGGG